AUGGAGGAAGAGCUUCAGCAAAGCGUCAUGGUUUCAGACGAGGAUGCCGAAUACGAGACAGCAGGCGAAACUAGAGGCGAUGCGACAAUUAUUGCAUCAGGGCCGAACGGAGUUGAAGAAACGAUGGAUGCCGAUCCAGCUACCACAGACAAUGGCGAUACCGAGCUGAGCGAUCGCGAUGCGUCAGGCGAGGAUGUAGACGCAUCGGGCGAAGAGGACAACGACUACAUGACACACCAGCAAAUAUCUUCUCACAACAGUCGCCAAGCGACCCAGGACGAAGACGAAGAUGAAGAUGAGGAUGAAGAUGAGGAUGAAGAUGAAGAUGAAGAACAGAACGAGGAUGACGAAGUUGCAGAAGCGGAGGAAGGAGAAAGAGAGGAAAACGAUAUGGAUGCUGAUGGGGACGAGGAUGUUGAUGCUGAAGGCGAAGAAUAUGAAGAUGAUGAAGGCGUGGGCGCUGUCAAAUUCCAGCCUGGGACAAGAAACGACGACGGCGAAGACAGUGAAAGCGAUAGAUCCGAAUCACCGAGCGCCAAUGAAGAAGAUUCAGAGGAAGAGGCUGCAUGGGAAGACGCAGUAGAAGCGGAGGAAGACCACGAGGAUGAGGAGACAGCAGCUUCGAACAAUUGCGUUUUUUGCGGCCAAACCGAAGACGACGACCCGAGCGAGGAAUUCGAGACGUACCUGGCAUGCACUCGCUGUGGUGGUAAUGCUCACCAGCAAUGUGCACGAGAUGCUGCAGCAAUGAGUACAGACAAUACACCUGAUGUUUGGAAAUGUCCUCAAUGCUUUAACACGGAAUCCGAUAUAGAGGCUGAAGACGAGGAGAUGGAAGAGGAAGAGGAAGAGGAAGAGGAAGAGGAAGAGGAAGAUGUUGAUCAUGAUGUCGAACUUACCUCCCAGCAGUCCGAAAUCCCAGACCUCUCGGGCGAACAUCAAACUGAGCAGCAAGUGGACGACGAGGAUGCUAGUUCGCAGAAUGACGACGAUGACGAUGAGCUUGAUGAGCAACCGAGUGAGGCACCUAGAACCUUAAGAAAACGCAAAUCGUCAUCCUUGGAGGACGACGGGAAUUCAAUCUCCCUCAGAAAACGCCGACGGAACCAAUCGAACGACGCAGCGUCCGAAGGUACAGCACGCACUGGAAGCGUGGAACCAGGGCGACAUCAGCCUUCUAGAACUCUGCGACUUAAGGUUACACGGCCCCCACCAGUGGCAGUCGAGAAACACACACGCACAUCACUGGUGCUCAGACUUCAGGUCAAGCCUGGCAACCUUAAAGAAAUUCUCUCUCGUAAGAAAAGAGAAAAGAGACGCCAACCUGGAACUGUCACACGAGCACCUCCUCAACGACCAGCUCCACCAUCCAGAGCCACUAUUGCAGCUAUAUCUGCGCUCCCUACCCCUUUCACAUCAGACAACUACUCGCAACCAUUCUACAACUUUUAUGAUCGAGAGACGGACGAGAUGAAAGGAAAACCUUAUGGGGGUGUCCUGACUGAAGCAGAAGCCGACACAACCAAAACUGCCCCAACUAACGAUGACCGGGACAAGUUCGUGGCGGCCAAGCGUAAGGCCGAGGACGAAUGGAGAGCGCGCCUUCUGGACGCGCAGGAUGAAACAGUUGUCCCCAGUCGUAGGCCAAAGAAGUCGAGCGAUGUCGCUAGCAAGAUCGAGUGCAUCGAGUUUGGUGGCUGGGAAAUCGACACUUGGUAUGCUGCGCCGUAUCCAGCCGAGUACACUAGGAAUCGCGUGCUGUUUAUCUGCGAGUUCUGCCUUAAGUACAUGAACUCGGACUACGUUGCGUGGAGACACAAGCUCAAAUGUCCGGCCAAACACCCACCGGGCGACGAGAUCUAUCGACAUGGAUCUGUAUCAGUUUUCGAAGUCGACGGCCGCAAGAAUCCGGUCUACUGCCAGAAUCUUUGCCUUCUUGCCAAGCUGUUCCUGGGUUCGAAAACCUUAUACUACGACGUAGAACCCUUCCUCUUCUACGUCUUGUGCGAAUACAACGAAACAGGAUAUCAUUUUGUGGGAUACUUCUCUAAGGAGAAGAGAGCCAGCAGUCAAAAUAACGUCUCUUGUAUCCUCACAUUACCAAUACACCAACGGAAAGGAUAUGGCAACCUACUUAUUGACUUUUCGUACCUGCUCACCAAGGUUGAGGAGAAGACUGGCUCACCGGAGAAGCCUUUGUCAGACAUGGGCUUGGUAUCGUACCGUAAUUACUGGCGCCUUAUUUUGUGCCGCUACUUUUUGAAUAUCGUGGAGGAUGAGAAUCGCAAAACACAAGGACUUAGUGUCAAACAAAUAUCCGCCGACACUGGCAUGACCGCAGACGAUGUUGUCUCUGCCCUUGAGGGUCUCAGGGCGCUCGUCAGAGAUCCACAAACCAAGAUGUACGCCUUCAGAGUCGAUUUGGACUACUGCCGACAAUACGUGGACAAAUGGGAGACAAAAGGCUACGUCCAGCUAAAAUCAGAAGCUCUCGUUUGGACCCCUUAUGUAAUGGGGCGAAGCAAUGCCGUCAACUUCGAGUUGGGUCCGCCGAUUAACACUAUUGCACCCAGAGAAGAAGACGAGGCGAAAGUUGACGAGGGACAGGGCGUGGUUGGUGCUGAUGGUCAACCGAUGCCCAAUGUCAUGGUCAAUGGCGAGAAGCAUACCGAGUCUGCUCCAGAUGCAGAUGCAGAAGGAGAUGCCGUUGUUAAGACAAGUGUUGACGCUGAUGACGAUGCUGAUCCCGAUUUCGACACCCAAAUGAACAUCAAUGAAGAAGAACCCCAGGAUCCGCCAGUCGAAGAUGGCGAUGCUGAACCCGCACCAGUUCAGUCUAUCGAGGACGUUGCACAGGGGCAAGAGAAAGACAAAGAUGUCGAGAUGGAAGAUGCGGAAGUUGAUGGUCAAUCAGCAUGGUUACGGCCGUACCAAGCCAUUCCAUUUACACGUUUCGAAGUGUUUCCUGCUGUUCCGGCUGGUCGACGAGAUCGUACGCGAACAAGCGUCAGUCGACCUACCGCCCCUCGUACCGCUAGCAGCACAUCGAGACCAAAGCGCCCCAGCAGCAACCGCCGCUCUUCGUCAUCUAGACCGAGAAGUUCAUCGAAAAAGAAAUCUGGUGGAACGGGCCGUGGGCCCGGCAGAUGGCCAAAGGGAACCAAGAAAUCCGACUACGGUAAUGCAGCUAGUGGCCCAGGCCUGCCACCCGGGUGGAACGAUAAGCAUUCUAAGUUACAAGCCGUGACUGAGGGUAAUGAUCCGGAGCAGGAGGUCGCAGUGGAAGAACCAGCAGAGGACUCUGUCGUGGUUUCUACGCGAGUUAAUGGGAUAAAGGUUAAUGGGAACGCUACUGCGCCCGACGUCUCUGGGGCGGAAUCAAGCGGAGAGCAAGCCGUUGAAGAUGCAGAGGAUGUCGAUGCAGAGGGAGAAGACAUUUAA